UUUGGGUUCUUCAACCCCUUCUUACUAUAGAUAUAUGAUGUUGGAUACCGAUUCACAAACACUAUUUGUAGGUCAUAUGAAUCAUUUAGAUAUAUUUGAUAUUUCCGACCAUCAGGUGUUCCCAAUUCAUUCGAUAUCAUACAAUUUUACAUCUAUAAAAAGAAACUUGGACUACUGUAAACUUUCAAAGCCAGAGGUACCAUAUUGUCAAAAUCAUAUAAAGUUUAUAACAAAAACGAAGGACGAUGUUUUGUUUGUUUGUGGAACAAAUGCAGAUGCACCUAAAGGCUUUGAAAUCAAUACAACCAGCAAUGCUACAACGUAUGGAUCUGGUGACAAAUUCACAGCUGUACCCUGUUCAAAUGACCCAUUUCACAAUUCUACAGCUAUUUACAUAAAAUCUUCAAAUCCUAGUAAAGAGGGUGAUAUCUAUUAUGGGAGUACAUUGCAUUCAGAAUCAACAAUUCAAAGACCUAUUUUUGGAACUAAUGAUUAUACGAAAGGCGUUAUCAGUAACAAGUGGAUGAAAGAUCCACAGUUUGUAGGCUCUUUUGAUGUUCAAGAUAAAGUGUUCUUCUUCUUCCGAGAGACAGCUGUAGAUGUACCUCCAAAUGAAUACAAUGUUUACUCCAGAGUUGCCAAAGUUUGUAAGAAAGAUAUGGGUGGAAAUUCAUUACUGAGGAAUAAAUGGACGAGCUACCAGAAGUCGAGACUUAACUGUUCUAUUCCUGGAUCAUUCCCGGUAUACUUCGAUUUCAUACAAGACGUUGUGACGAUAGAUAACAGCAUUUUCUAUGGGUUGUUUACAACAAGAACUGGAUAUCCUGCUUCGGCUAUAUGUGCAUUCAGUUUAGCAGAUAUUGACAAAGUUUAUAAAGGUUCAUUUAAAUAUCAGCCUGCGUCUAACUCAUAUUGGCAAGAAAAAACAACCUCUUUGAACCCAAGACCAGGACAGUGUUCAAACGAUUCCAUGUCUCUAGCUGAGGCCAACCUCCAAUUCAUUGCCGACAAUCCUUUAAUGUAUGACACAGUCCAACCAUUAAAUGGAAAACCAAUUUUUGUUUUGCAACAGACGGAAUUACAACAUUUAGAACUUGAUCGAAACUUAACCGAAAUGGUAUUUUAUGCUGCAUCAAAUACUGGAAAGAUAUACAAACUAUUUUAUAAGGAUAACAAGAAGACAUAUGUCUCAAGUAUAUUCUCGGCUACUCUGGAUCAAGAUGUUAUUUGGACAAUGAAACAUCAUAAAGGUUCAGUUUAUGUAGGGACGGACACUAAAGUUCAACAGAUAAAUGUGAUCAGCUGUGAGCAGCACCGACGAGUAGAUUUAUGUGUUAAAGAUCCGCAUUGUGCUUGGAUAAACAAAGCAAAUCUAUUACCAGAAACUGAAAGAGAUCUUAAGUGUCGUGAUCUGGCUUAUAUUAAAGAUCACAAUCUCUUAAAUGAAGAAGAAAUUUACACCCACAUCAAUUACAACCUGUCCGAGGAUACUCCGUUUGUUGGUCCUCCAGAAAAACCCAAAUAUUUGCAAGUCAUUAAGACAACGACAGACCAAAUCGAUGUACGAUGGUUAGCAGGAUACAAUGGAGGAUACGAUCAAACGUUUGUUUUUGAUUAUCGGAUCGAGAAAGCAAGUUCAUGGAGUACACAAGAGUACAACCCAGACUUCAGUGAUAAAAGUAUACAAACUUAUCAAAUAACUGGACUUGAAAACGGGAAAUUAUAUGAAGUAAGAAUGUGUUCAAAGAACAGUAUUGGUAGAAGUCCACAUACAGCUACCAUUUCUGUAUCGACAGCAAUCACAGACUUGUAUUUUAUUCUGUUUAUAACUACACUAUGUAUCCUGAUCCUUGCAAUCCUGGUCGGUUUCGUAUGUAUGCGCAACUGGUGCUUUAAAAGACACAAAGGAAAGCUAACUGAUAAUCAAGUUGAUGCAGACAUUCAAAUCAAAUCAAAAUCUUCAAACGGAAAUAUGGUUUUAAAAACUAAAGACGAGACGAAAUCAAAUAACCUAACACAAAUCAAAAACUACGAAAAAGAAGAAAUAAAUCAAAAACUUAAAGACAUACUGUGUAAUGGAUGCAUUACGAAGUGUGAUGAAAUCAUCAAAAUGGUUCUACAAACUUUAAAUGAUAAAAAACAGAAGAAAAGAAAAACAAAAAAAUCAAAAGAAAACAAGAAUAGUCUGCACGGAUUAACAAAUCAUACUUAUGCAAAUGAAAAUAGCACAACUUCUUUUUGAACCAUCUUACGUACACUGGUGACCUACCUGCAUAUACAUGAUGAUCCGUUUACAUUCCGUCACGGAAACAGUGAUACACAUUUUAUAAAAAGCAUGUGUAUGAAUUUAUGAUGCGAGUCUAGUUCGAAUGAAUAGAUUACGCAAUAUGUACAUAUUGGUUAUUCAAUUUACAUUGACAUAUGGAACAUUCAGAUAGAGAAACAAUCGGAAAAUACGAAGGUUUUCUUCUUUUAUGAAUUGUUGAAUGAUCGCACAUUUAUCUUUGAUUGACUGAAAAAUGAUUCAAAAAAUUAAAGAUCGAGGAACUUUUAAAUUGCUUUGAAGAGAUUGUACUAUUUAGAAAUAAAAUGAUUAGAAGCCAUA